AGAGAGAAAGAGUAAAAAUUAUUGUUACUGAAAUGGAAUGUAAAUAAAUAGUAAUUAAUUGCGCCAAGAGCAUUUAAUUUAGUAGGGAAUGACCUAUUAAUUUAAGAUUAGAUAAUUGGGCAUGGAAUCCCACUCUCCAACUCAUACAGUGUGGAAGAAUGAUUUAUAUCGAAUGCAGUUGGACGCUCCGGUACCGUUGCCUGUGCUGUGUACGGAUAUCCAUCUUGAGAUUCCUAGUUAUUUAGGCCGGGACUACCAUGGGGAUAUAUCUCAUAUAAAAGCAGCGAAUCUAUUAAAUCUUCAACCUAAUGGUGCUUAUCUGGUACGGAAGAGUAGAUCUGCCAACGGGCAUUUUUACACAUUAAGUCUUAAAUUUAACGACAAGAUCCACCAUUACAAGUUAUAUUAUGAUCCUGCAUCAGGCUUAUACAUCCGCGAAAAAAGAUACGAUUGCGUUCGAUCCCUAGUAGCUGAUGGUCUUGUUACAAUGUAUCUAGAGUUAAAAGCACCAGUGUUUUUACAACGAUUACCCACUGUAAACUAUCAAGAGAGUCCGUACAUGACACUCAACAAAAGAAAGUUACAAACUCUCACGAAAGAGAGGGCCAAGUAUUCACUAUGUGCACGGAAUAUUUUCCCUGCACAGAAUCUCCAAGUCAACGAUGUCGAGAAGUACGAAAAAUCUCAUGUGUUUAAGAUUACCACGUUCAAAGGAUUGAAUUGGUGUGAACUUUGCGGAAAUUUCUUGUGGGGAUUUUCAGCACAAGGUGUUAAGUGUGAGGAUUGCGGGUUGAUUGCCCAUGGAAGAUGCUCUGAGAAAUUUCCUAAUGACUGCAUACCUGAUUUGAAAUAUUUACGAGGCGUUUUUGGAAUCGAGCUAACAACCCUGCUAACAGCCCACAAUGCCACACUGCCAUUUGUUGUAACUAAAUGCGUUACGGAAGUAGAAGCAAGAGGACUAACAAGCGAAGGAAUUUAUCGUCUAAGCGGAUUUGCGGAGGAAAUCGACGCUAUUAAAAUGGCGUUCGAUAGGGAUGGCGAAAAGGCAGAUUUAAGUCAAGAUAAAUACCCAAACAUCAAUGUAAUUACUGGUGCCUUAAAGCUAUAUUUGAGACUACUUCCCAUUCCUCUUAUUACAUUCUUGGUGCAUCCCCUUCUGAUUGAUGCCAUGCAGCACAAGAAUUUAGAUCUGAAAAUAUCAUCAAUACGUCACGCACUUUUCUCUUUACCAAAACAGCAUUAUGCCACCUUACAGUAUAUGGUCGAACACUUGAAUCGAGUAUCACUUCACGCUGCGAUUAACAAGAUGAACUCUCAUAAUUUAGCAACAGUAUUUGCCCCUACAUUAAUUGGCCCAGCCGAAAUUACAUCAUCCGUGCUGCCAGAUAUGACUACAGAUAUAUUGUUAAUUGAAACUUUAAUAACACAUUGUGGCAAAAUAUUUAAUUGCAGUCAUUAACGCGCAAUUAAGGAGCAGUAUUACCAAUUUGAUUAUUUCUCGUUAAUUUUGUUAAUCCUUAGUGUAGGUCUUUGUAUGUAACUUGUCUCUGAUCUUGUAUGUUUUGUCGAAAAUGAAGCUGAUUGUGAUUUUAUACUUCCUCAUAUGUGAUAUGUUUAUACACAGAUUAAAAAAAUUAAUUAUUA